AUGGCGCAGGUGCAGCAGGAUCAGGUCCAUGGGGAAUACCACCCCAAGGAUGCCAUUGGCGCCGCCAUCAAAGCAACACUCGUCACCGGCGGAGCGGGAACCUUCAUAUCCACCAUCCAGAACACCUUGACCAAGCAGAACGUCGGCGCGUUCGGUAUCUUCACGAGGUCGGGGACUACGAUUGCGACUUUUGCUGCCAUGGGAGGAGCAUACGAAUUCACAAAGAUUGCCGCCGCGAAUCUACGAGAAAAGGACGAUACAUGGAACUCGACAAUCGGCGGUUUCUUCUCGGGAACAAUGCUUGGUCUGAGAUUCCGCUCAGCACCAGCAGUCAUCGGCUACGGCUCGGCACUGGCAGUCAUCCUGUCGGCAUUCACAUUCACAGGUGGCCGAUUGAACGGAUUCGCCAAGGACCCAGAUGUUGAUGAAGUCGCACGGAAAGAGUAUAUGAGGAAGAACAGGAGGCGGCCGAUUGAGCAGACAGUCAACGAAUUGGGAGAGGGCAGAGGUAUUUACGCGCCAGGCUACGAGCAGCGAAGAGCGGAGCGCAUCAAGGAGCGAUAUGGCAUCGAUGUGCCAGUCCAGUCACCACUGGAGGCUGCUUCGUAG